GCCAAAACAUGUGGAGCAGGAGCACUUUUCUGGGGAUGAGUACCUUCAAUGGGAUUUUCAGCUUCUGGUUCAGAAUUUGAUGUGCUCUUUGCUCCAACUUUAUUAAUCACUCCGCUUUCCUCUCCCUCUCUCUCAAACCCAAAACCCAAGUCUAGAUCAUCUCCAUAGACUACAUCUUUUGGUCUGACUGAACCGUAAAGAACUCAUGGAGAGGAACAGUUUUAGCAGCAACUUGAAAGAUCAUAGUAUUGGCAGUGAAGCGUGCAACAACACUAACAGCAACAAGAAGCUCAGAGAUUCAUGGAACCUUAGCAGCUGCCAAAGCUUUGGAGAAGAUUAUCUUGAUAGUCUUUCAUGGCCUCCAAGAUCGUACACGUGUAGCUUCUGCAGAAGGGAAUUUAAAUCUGCUCAAGCUCUUGGCGGUCACAUGAAUGUUCAUAGGAGAGAUAGAGCCAGGUUAAGAAGGUCACCUCCAAGGGACGCUCAGUGUCCUGUUCCGAACCUUAACCCUAACCCUAGUUUAUGUCCUCCAUUCACUCGCACAUUACCAUCCUUGGUGUCUCCUCCUCUUUCUGCACUAUCUACACCACCUUUAGCUUCUGAAGUCAAGAAAUGGACCAUUGAUGGUACCCCUCUUGACCCUUCAAGCUCUGAACUUUCUGAUUUAACAACAACGGGAACCAGAAAAUCCUUCUUCACAACUGAAAACUUUGGUGGUUUCACACAACAAGAUGGAUUCAAGAUCUGGAAGAAGGCUGAGAUUGUGAGGUUAGAUUUGGAGAUUGGUCUUGUUCGUGACUCCAAGGAUGAAUUGGAUUUGGAACUUCGACUGGGAUCUCUUAAUUAGGUGAUCAACUUGUGCAGCCUUAUCAACACAAAUUAACACGUUUGAUCUUGGAAGCCUGCAAUUGGCUUGUUGCACCAGUUUGUGAUCAUGUAUUAUAAGAUGCAUUAUGUUUAGUAGCUAAUCCAGAAGUUUUCUUGAAGAAGUUCAGAAGAUGUUAGAUUCCAAAGCAAAUUAAUAUUCUCCCU